UUUGGAACUUUGUGCGAACAAUAUGUUCAUAACCUAAAAAUUGUUUCUUCGUCGUGUUUUUUAUUUAAAAGAAAAAUAUUAUUUUUGUGCCGAGGGCAGCCGAGGGUGCAUAAAAUAUAUAAAGAAAAAUAAAAUUUUAUGAAUUAUAAACAUAAUCAAGGAUCUGAUAAACGGAAAUGAUUGAAUUUUGUACGAAGAAACGUAUGUUACUUGUCAUAACAUUAUUGGGAGGUUUAACAAUUUUGGUCCUUAUUGUCGAGAGUCACUGGACGGAUUCUUCAACAAGUAAACCUUUCGUUGAGGUUUUUGAAAAUAAUUCAUCUUGUUUAGCUGGCGAAACAUACGAAAUUAUUGCCGAAUGUCAACCUUGCACGACUCUCGAGAUUGCUAGCAAAAGCAUAGGAAUUUGUAUUCAUUCUCGUUACAAAGAAGUUUUAAAAUGCAAAAGUGGUGAAACUGUCACGAGAAGUUGCGAUAAGGUGGCUUGGUUAGAAGAGAGAGCAUUCUGGAAAUUUGAAAGUUUCAUGUUAGCUUUCGCAAUUUUGUCAUAUCUCAGCGUGUGUUGGAGGGAAAAUAUUCUCCGUCAGCGGAUAAUUCGAAAAGUUGCAAGACAAUUGAGAUCAAGUGCGUAA